ACACCUCGUCCCUCCCUCCUUAAUGGCACGGCGACACGCCAAUCAGCGAGCUGAACCCACCCGCUCGCCACUGCUAGAGCACAGUCUCAGGCGAGGCGAGCGGCUUUCGCGUCACGUGGGGGGUGUGGGGCUUGUACGCUAGCCAUUAAUACGGCGGGUCGCCCAUCCCAUCGCGGCCGCCGUGCCCGUCUCCCCUGCUUAAAUCCCGCGUCCAGGCCCCGCACGCACUCCGCCCCGCUUCGGCGCUAGCUUCCUCCCGUUCGCCGCUCGCCGUCGCGCUACGCCUCCGUGCGAUUGGCGCCUGGACACGCGGUAGUUGGUGGACGCGGCGGGCGGCACGAUCGGAGAGAUGGACGCGGCCAUGGCUGCCCCCGACGCCCCGCCGCCGGUCGUCGUGCUCGUCUCCGCCGGCGCCAGCCACUCCGUCGCGCUCCUCACGGGCAAUGUGCUGUGCUCGUGGGGCAGGGGGGAGGACGGCCAGCUCGGGCACGGCGACGCGGAGGACCGGCUCGUGCCCACGGUGCUGAGCGGGUUCGACGCGCCGGGGAUCACGUCGGUCAUCUGCGGGGCGGACCACACCACCGCAUACUCCGAGGACGAACUGCAGGUCUAUAGCUGGGGGUGGGGCGACUUCGGGAGACUCGGGCAUGGAAAUUCCAGCGACGUCUUCACGCCUCAGCCGGUCAAGGCGCUGCAGGGGAUAAAGAUCAAGCAGAUUGCCUGCGGGGAUAGCCAUUGCCUUGCCGUGACCAUGGCCGGUGAAGUGCAGAGUUGGGGCCGUAACCAAAAUGGACAGCUAGGUCUUGGAACUUCUGAAGACUCGCUGCUCCCACAAAAGAUUCAAGCUUUCGAGGGUAUUUGUGUGAAAAUAAUCGCUGCUGGUGCCGAACAUACUGCUGCAGUAACUGAAGAUGGCGACCUAUAUGGAUGGGGCUGGGGUCAAUAUGGAAACUUAGGUCUUGGUGACCGUAAUGAUCGUUUCAUACCUGAAAAAGUAUCUUCUGUGGAGGGUGAGAAGAUGGCGCUUGUUGCAUGUGGAUGGCGCCAUACCAUUACUAUUUCCUCCUCUGGUAAGCUGUACACUUACGGUUGGAGCAAAUAUGGUCAAUUGGGACAUGGUGAUUUUGAAGAUCAUUUAGUUCCUCAUAAACUAGAAGCUUUGAAAGAUAGCACUAUAUCCCAGAUUUCAGGUGGUUGGAGGCAUACGAUGGCACUUACAUCAGAGGGAAAGCUUUACGGAUGGGGAUGGAACAAGUUUGGACAAGUUGGAGUUGGUGACAAUGAUGAUCACUGUUCCCCAAUACAGGUUCAUUUUCCAGAGGAACAGAAAGUUUCCCAAGUUGCUUGUGGAUGGAGGCAUACACUUGCCCUUACCGAAAAGAAAAAUGUUUUCUCAUGGGGAAGGGGUACCAGUGGACAGCUUGGUAAUGGUGAAAUAGUUGACAGGAACGCACCGGUGAUGAUUCAUACCUUAAGCCCUGACGGUUCUGGCUGCACGAAGUUAGAGUCAUCAUCAGCAGUUCCAUUUACAGCUAAAGUGUGGGUCUCGCCAUCAGAAAGAUAUGCUAUAGUCCCUGAUGAAAACGUUCCUAAAUCAGGCGAAGGCACGGCGCGCGGCAACGGGGCUGAUGCAAAUGUGCCAGAGAAUGAUGUAAAGAGAAUGCGUGUGCGGUCGUAGUUCUACCAUCCACGGCCCUCCUUAACCGUAGUAGUACUAUGAACACUUGGUGCCUUGUUUCGUUGUUUCCGCCGUAGAAGUGCUUUUGUUGAGACUUGAGAUGGCACCACUGCUUCUCAGCAGUGAUGUGUAAUCCACCUCUUAGAGGUGCCUAGCAAAGUCAACCUGCACUGCUGUUAAGAUGUGUGUUGUAUCUUUGACAUUACAUUGGAGGGUACAAUAAGUUCUUCAUUCUCAUUCUUCUCACUUGCAGAUAA